GGAGCUGGAAGCGGCUUCUCAGCUCGCGCCGGCACCCAGUACCCGGCAGCCCGCUCGGGCCGCCCGCGGCGAUUUUUUCACGCGGGGUUCUGUUUGAGACCGAGUCGUUGCUUGCGCCUCGGGCUCCCUACCGACGCCUGGCUGUGGCUGGCGAGACAGUGAAAGACCCGGCUGGACAGGCCCCACCGCAGCGCCCAGGGCCCAGCACUGCAGGCUCAGACCCGGCACCCGAGCGGGGCCGGAGAGGAGGCCACGGUCAGAGUGGGUCUGCAGUGAAGCGACGCUGACGCCCGGAGAACACUGGGAGGCGAUGUCGCGAGAACCACCUUCUCCACACCCUACUCUUUCCCAAGAGCAAAGCGCAAGAGAGGAAGGAAUGGUGGCUGGUCUCCUCACAGUGGGGCCACAUGGAUCCACACCCUUUGGCAAUGUGACUGUAGCUUUUACUCACAAAGAGUGGAGGCACUUGGUCCCUGCUCCAAGGGACAGGUUCGAGGAGGAGAUACCGGAAAAGUCCAGGAACCUGGUCCUACUGGGACUUCCAGUUUCCCAACCUGGCAUGAACUCCCAGUUAGAACAAGGAGAAAGCCCAUGGAUGCUGGAGGGAGAAGGCCUAAGGACUACCUGUCCAGACUGGAAAAUUAUAUCUGAAUCACCACCAGAGCAAGACAUUUCUGAAGAAUCUUUCCAAGACACAAGGGCAGAGCUGUCCCUUGGGGAGUCAGAUCACAGGAACUGUGAAUGGGGGAAGAGUUUCAAUGUGAGACCAGUCCUUUCUCCACAGCAGAGAGUUCCUAUAGAAGUGAGACCCCGUAAAUGUGAACCACGGACAAAGAGCUUCAGGAGGAAUUCAGACAUAAUUAAAACUCACAGAGCGAAGCCGUACACGUGUAAUGAAUGUGGCAAAGCCUUCAGUUACUGUUCUUCCCUUUCACAGCAUCAGAAGAGCCACACAGGGGAGAAGCCGUAUGAGUGCAAUGAGUGUGGGAAGGCCUUUACCCAGAGCUCAUCUCUCGUUCAGCACCAAAGGGUUCACACUGGAGAGAAGCCUUACAAAUGCAGCGAGUGUGGAAGAGCCUUCAGCCAGAAUGCAAACCUCACAAAACACCAGCGAACCCACACCGGAGAAAAGCCCUACAAGUGUGCCGAGUGUGAGAAGGCCUUCAGUGACUGUUCGGCCCUCGUUCAGCAUCAGAGAGUUCACACUGGAGAGAAGCCCUAUGAAUGCAGCGACUGCGGGAAGGCCUUCCGUCACAGCGCCAACCUCACGAACCACCAGAGGACGCACACGGGGGAGAAGCCCUACAAGUGCAGGGAGUGCGGGAAGGCCUUCAGUUACUGUGCAGCGUUCAUUCAGCAUCAGAGGAUCCACACAGGAGAGAAGCCGUACAAAUGUAACGCAUGCGGGAAGGCCUUCAGCCAGAGCGCCAACCUCACGAACCACCAGAGGACUCACACGGGGGAGAAGCCCUACAAGUGCAGGGAGUGUGGGAAGGCCUUCAGCCAAAGCACAAAUCUGAUAAUCCACCAAAAGACCCACACUGGGGAGAAGCCAUACAAAUGUAAUGAAUGUGGGAAAUUCUUCAGUGAGAGUUCAGCCCUUAUUCGACAUCAUAUAAUUCACACUGGAGAAAAACCCUAUGAAUGCAAUGAGUGCGGCAAAGCAUUUAACCAGAGUUCGUCCCUUAGUCAGCACCAGAGAAUUCACACUGGUGUGAAACCCUACCAAUGUAGGGAGUGCGGGAAGGCCUUCAGGUGUAGUUCUGCUUUCAUUAGACACCAGAGACUCCACGCUGGAGAGUAACUGGGAACAUGACCUAUGUGGACGGGGACCUGACAGGUAGUUUGAAAGCCCCUAGAAACAUGUUUUUGCUCCUUUAAUAAAAUCACUUACGUGGAAGCAGCUUUUCUUUAACAUCUUCUGUAAUCUUAA